AUUUGGCGUAAAUUCACGAUGACGUCGUCAGACACCAGCACAGCAACAACUGCAACAAAGCAUAACAAAAAUACUCCUACUAGAUUAGAAAAGAAAAUUACAAGAAAAAUCAAAUAUCGCGACAAAAUGAAAUUCGUCUGCAACGUUUUGCUUAUAAGCUUAAUAGUAGUUUUAGUUUUAAAUUUGAAUAUAACUGGAGUGAGUGCGCAGACACGUGAUCCCAGAUUUUACUCAAGGGUAGGUGUAAAUGAUUAUCAAUGGCCAAAUCCAGGUGAUCCCGAUUACAGAACAUAUACCUUCAAUGAUCGCCGCUAUGGACAUUAUCAGCCAAAUGGCUAUGGAGACAAUUAUCCGGGCAGAAAUUCACCGGGCCAGUAUCCACAGGGAAUGCCAAAUGAGGAUCGGUUUCGUUUCGAUCCGAACAAUCCCAAAGAAAUACCAUUUCCGGGAAUUUUGGCUGGUUGGCGUGAAGAUUUACAAGGUAAACAGCGACGUGAUUCUCUAACACUGGAGCGUGAUGUUUUCGUCACUACCAACUAUGGCCAGGUGCAAGGUUUCAAGGUGUAUAUGUAUGAUAAUCCAGAUCCAAAAUCAUUUUAUCGCCCAUAUCACUCGACCGUGGAUCGUAGCAUGGGUGAAUGUUCUGUUUUCCUGGGUAUUCCAUAUGCCAUGCCACCCACAUUUGAGGGACGUUUUAAACCACCCCGGCUACAUAGAGGCUUUCAAUUGCUGCAAGCUGUGGACUUUGGUCCAGCAUGUCCACAGCCGGUACGUUAUACCGGUGCUACAAAGGGCGUUAUGGAUAUGGACGAGGAUUGUCUGUAUUUGAAUAUCUAUUCUCCAAGGACCGGUGCUGGUGUGGCGCAAAAAUAUCCCGUAAUGGUUCACAUUCAUGGCGGUGAUUUUGUUCGGGGAGCAUCAAACCUCUUCCAAGGCCAUAUAUUGGCAUCGUUUUAUGGCGUCGUUGUUGUGACAUUUAACUAUCGACUUGGAGCUCUUGGUUUCCUUUCGACUGGCGAUGAAAACUCCCCCGGAAACUAUGGAAUACUCGAUCAGGCAAUGGCCCUGAAAUGGGUAUAUGAUAAUAUUGAAUUUUUCAAUGGUGAUCGUGAUUCUAUAACACUGUUUGGUCCCGGUGCUGGUGCCGCAUCAGCGGGAUUGCUAAUGGUUGCCCCGCAGACUAGACACAUUGUUAAACGUGUCAUAGCUCAGUCGGGUUCAGCCUUGGCCGACUGGGCUCUCAUACAAGAUAAAUACCGGGCACAAAAUACAAGUCGUGUUUUUGGCCAACUCCUGGGUUGUUCCCUGGAAUCUUCUUGGAAAUUGGUGAAUUGUUUGAGGACCGGUCGAAGUUUUUAUGAAUUAGGCAAUGCCGAAUUCCCACCAGAUGUCGGUACCUUCCCUUGGGGUCCUGUAUUGGAUCAUAAUUUCACUUUGCCAGGUGAUGAUUGGUAUGAUGGUUGGCGUGAAAAAGAUUGGCGUUUUCUCCAGGAUACACCGUUGAAUUUAAUACGUCAGGGGAAAUUCAAUAAAGGUAUACAGUAUAUGACCGGUGUCACCACACAGGAGGCAGCAUAUUUUGUCUCACAAAAUGAAUCAUUGGCGCCAUAUUUUGAAAUUGAUAAUAAAUUUUUCGAACAAAAGAUACGAGAACAUGUGUUCCGCUACAAUUACACAUUAAAUCCAAAUGGUGUUUACGAAGCCAUAAAAUACAUGUACACAUAUUGGCCAGAUCCGAAUAAUAGUACCAUAAUAAGAGAUCAAUACAUAAAUAUGCUGUCGGACUUUUAUUAUCGGGCGCCAGUAGAUCAAAUGGUCAAGGUUUUGUUGGAACAAAAGGUACCGGUCUUUAUGUAUGUCCUGAAUACCACUGUGGAGGCAUUAAAAUUACCCGAAUGGAGAAAAUACCCACAUGAAAUUGAGCAUUACUUUUUGACAGGAGCUCCAUUCAUGGAUGUGGAGUUCUUUCCCAAGAGUGCCCACCUCGAAAGGAAUAUGUGGACAGACAAUGAUCGUAAUAUGAGUCAUUUCUUUUUGCAAACAUUUUCGAAUUUCGCCAGAUAUGGCAACCCAACCCCGCAACAAGUUUUGGGUUUACAUUAUGAACGUGCCUAUCAGGGGGAGAUUCGUUAUUUGAAUAUCAACACAACUUAUAAUUCUUCGAUUUUACUCAAUUAUCGUCAAACCGAAAGUGCCUUUUGGAUUCAAUACCUGCCCACAGUAAUUGGGGUUUUUGUACCCACAUAUCCUCCAACCACGGAAUUCUGGUGGGAACCAAAGGAACCUCUACAAAUAGCAUUCUGGAGUAUGUCGGUUGCAUGUUUCUUCUUGAUUGUUUUAGUUUUUAUAUGUUGCAUCAUGUGGAGAAAUGCCAAAAGAGAAUCCGAUCGUUAUUAUGACGAAGAUGUCUUUAUCAAUCACGAUGGCACUGAAUACGAUCGAGAAUCUCGGACGACGGGUGUAGAUAAUACCAACUUGGCAGCUAAUCAUCAAGUGAUGCGUUCCCGUGAUAAUCUCUACGAAUAUCGAGAUUCUCCCUCAUCGAAAACAUUGGCCAGUAAAGCGCUGACCGAUACAACAUCAAUAAGAUCUCCCAGCUCCUUGGCAACAACACAAAAAACCGGUGGCAGUCAAUCGUCACUGAAAUCCGCCAUCUCUCUUAAAGAGAGCAAUGGUGGUGGGACACUUUCACCUUACUCCCGUCCGGCACGUAGUGAAGCCGGUGUUGCUCCAGCAGCACGGGUCAUAACAAAUGGUGUUGCGGUGGCCUCUUUAAAUCAGCCUAAAUCUGUGGAAGAAAAACGUUUGCUGCAACGUGAACCCAUUCCACUGUCAUCCACACCAGUUCCCACCGAACAAACCUAUAAGCCAGCAUCAAAACCCUUGCCCAGUAGUCGAAGUACAACACCAGUACCAAGUGCCCGUUCGACUACAACAACUACAGCCACAUUGUCUUCCGGCAUAAAUGUACAACCAUUGGUGGGGAUUAAAAAAUCACAAUCCCGUACACAAGUUAUAGAAGGUGUACCACAGACCUCGGUAUAAGAAACCGCUCUCUAAAUAUUACAAUAUUGGAUGAAAUAUCAAUGGAUAGUUCUUCCGCUACUGUUACAUUUAGAGAGAGUGAAAGGGGGAUAAAUGUAUAAUAUACGAAUAAAUAGUUUGAAUAAAACUUUAUUUUGUAUACUUUUCACAAAAUAUAGUUUUAACCAAACUAUAUAAUUAUAAGCAUCAUUUGCAGAAACAAGUGAAAUUGAACCUAAGAAUUUGACAUGGAACCAAAUGUUUUUUUGCGGAAAUUUAACAAUAGGUGUAUGUACGGUAGCCCAAUAAAGAGAGCGAAUGAAGAGAGCAAUUUUGACAGUUGAAAUUUUCUCAUGGUUUUAUAAUAGAAAAUAUUCGAAUCAGAAGUCUACAUCUUCGCUUCGGGGGGAUGAGUGAAAAUAUUAAAGUCACUCAAACCUCAACAUUUUAAAAAGUGUCUCUCCCCAAUCGCUCUCCUCUGCAGAAGUUUUGUGUUAACAGAUGACUUCCAAUAUAGACGAAGGAAAGCUUAUCUUCGAAAUCGGAUUAUCAAAUGUAGUCCACGUCGUUUCAGAGGUAUGAUUGAAAAUAUUGAAGUCACUCAAUUAUUUUUAAAUGUUAAAAAUAUUAAUAAGUCAUGAUGACAUCGGAACAUACGAGAAAAGUUAAAUUAUUGAAAAACGAUGAAAUGUGAUUUCGAAAUCGAGUUAGUCGACUACGUAAAUCAGCAUGUUGACUAUGUGAGAGCGUAUUGAGAGCCGCCUGCAUAAAAAACACAACGAACUUUUCGUUUUCUAUAUUUUAAUUUGUCUAUGCUUCCAGUUGUUCCAAAUGUUGAGAUACCCAGACCCCCACUGUAUUAUACUGUCAAAUUACAAAUUUGGCACCAUAACAGCGUUACCUAAAAAUCGACGUAGCGUAUACAAAUAUUCAACUCUCCCAGUACAGCAAAAUUUUUGUACGCCUUUAUUGGCCUAAUACGCCAGGUCCAUGUCUUAUAAUCUUUUAAAUAAAAACGUUGUAAAGCUUGGCACUUUUUUAAAUCCACCCAAUUGUUACUUUUUCACAUUUUUUGUAUCAUUAAUUUCUAUUUCCAACACACAAAAAAGGAAUUUUUUCAAUUGUCAAUGUUGAAAGUGUUCAAUUUUGAAAUUUUAUACAUCCGACAUAUUUGGGUAACUUUCAUAUAAAUACAUAUGUUUUACUUGUGUGGUGAAAAACUUCGACCAAUUACGUCGAAUUUUAGGCAACGCUGUAAAGAUUUAAAAUUAUUGAAUGUCUUUCUAAGCUUCUUCCAAUAUUUGAUCUAUUCUUGUAUCCCGAAAUCUCGAUUCAGGAUGUAUUUACUUGAACUGGAACUAGUACCUCUAUCUUUACAUUUUUGAAAAUUGGUCCUUAUUAUAACUUAACAGCUAAAUCCUGACUUUAGAGUAUUCCAUAUAUCAUUACCACAAAUCUACUCCGGAUCUUGAGACGUUCAAGUUCAAUUUCAGCUGUUUCUUGCUUAUUCGAAAUGAUAAA